AUGGCUGAUCUUCCCAUUCUUCUCGCUGGAGCAGGCAUCAGCGGCCUCCUCCUAGCUCAGUAUCUACACCAGCAUAACAUUCCCUAUCGCCUCUUUGAGCAAGACGCUUCGAUCGACGCACGCAGUGGUGGUUGGGGGCUCACGCUGCACUGGGCUCUGCCUGCCUUGCGCGAGCUUCUGCCUGAGCACCUCGUGGCCCGGCUACCGGAGACAUAUGUGAACAAAGCAGCCGCCGCGCGUGGAGACACCGGACACUUUCAGUUUUUCGAACUCCAGACGGGAUCGGCGUUGUAUAGCGUCCCGGCAGCAGAACGAAUCCGCGUCAGUCGAGUACGAUUAAGACAACUGCUGGCCACGGACCUUACCAUCCAGUGGAACAAGACUCUGCAGAACAUCGACUCCACAAGCGGGAGUGUCACUGCAUAUUUCCACGAUGGAACCUCAUACACGGGCUGUAUACUGAUCGGCUGCGAUGGAUCGCGUUCCCGAACACGCGAGAUUCUCUACCCCGAGGGGCACGAGAUGAAUCCCCUCCCCGUCCAGCUUCUCGGCGGAGCUGCCCUUUAUUCCCCGGAGGAGAUGGCUGGGGCGGAGUCAUUCGAUCCAUUCAUUUUUCAGGGGUCACACCCAGAUACAAACGUGUUUUUCUUCUUCAGCUUGCUCGAUACCCCUAAUAACUUCGAAGAAAGUAGCAAGGACAAGUAUCUGUGUCAGAUCAUCAUAUCCUGGGCGGAUGCCAAACGAAUCCCGGUGCCUAGCAACAAUGGAGAACGGAUUGCGUUGAUGAAGUCAUUGACUGCCAACUGGGCGGAGCCAUUCAAGGGCCUGGUUCAUCGUUUGCCUGAGAGCACCGAAGUCCGGUCGAUCCGGAUUGCCGACUGGCUGUUCCGACCAGACCCCAAUCCUCUUCACCCUAGGGUGGUGCUAAUGGGCGACUCUGCUCAUACCAUGACGAUGUUCCGUGGGGAAGGAGCAAACAAUGCCAUCGUGGAUGUACUGGACUUUACAAAGAGAGUGGACUUAAAGUCUAUGGGAUCCCUCACCACCAACACCCUCCGCGAAUGUCUGGCGGUAUAUGAAUCCGACGUUCUCACCCGAGCAGAGCCCAGUGUCCUCAACUCUCGACAGGCGUGCCUGGAUGCCCAUGACUUCUCACGCAUUGUCGAUGGUAGCCCUUUGGUGUCGGCUCGGUUACGCGAAUAG